GAGACCCUUCCUCAGACUGAGAGCCAGGGGAGAGGGAAACGAGAGAUAAAGACGAGAGAGAGAUGGUACAAAUGAAUGACGGAUAUGCAAAAAAAAGUGACGACCAUGGAAACUCCAUUGCUGAGUGUGGGCUGCAGCUUGUUGUGUCUAUCGAGCUUCAGUAUAACCUCACACACACACACACACAAUUGUGAAAACGGAAGCGUUCUGGAUAUAGGUGACAAAUGAGGCAAAGUAGGAAGCAAGAUCAUGGAAAUGAGGCAACUUUUUGGACUGGGCUCUCUGGAAAAAUAGAAAGUUGCCUUACACCACAGGAAUGUGUGGAACUGUUAACCAUCAGAUACAAAUGCGGUCGUUAUUGGAUGUUCGGGCAUAUUGUAGAGAUUAUUAUUGGUUGUGCGCAGUCUUGGCUGGGUACGGCGCAUUUAACGGGCAGACAUUCAUCACUUUUCACCAAAGGAAGUUCCUAGCGAUAUAUUUUAAUACGAAGUUAGACAGUUCAACAACAUUUAGUUACUCCAGCUUUUUGCGUUUAUCAUCACUUAUGAAUAUGUGUCCCAACAAUUGGUACAAUUAACGAAUGCAGUAAUUCAUUAGUUACUGAAUAAUUCGUUGAUUACUGCGUUCAUUAAUUAUACCAGUUAUAUAGGAUGCGUUUUCGUAACGGGUAUUGAAGUGCAUAACUUGCAUUAAACAUUUGAUACAAUUCACAAAUGCGGUAAUUCAAGUCUGAAGAAGGGUCUCGACCCGAAACAUCGCCCAUUCCUUCUCCCCAGCGAUGCUGCCUGUCCCGCUGAGUUACUCCAGCAUUUUUUAGUCUUAUCUUCGCGGUAAUUCAUUUAUUGCUGCAUUCGGCAAUUGUGCCGGCUAAUUGCUGAAUGACUGCAUUCAGUAAUUGUACCAGUUGUACAAUCGAGGGUGGGAAAAGUGAGCAAACAAUGAAAAGGGGGCGGGGAAAUAACACCAAAAAAUGUAGAAUUGAUUGCUUUUUGUAGAGGAAGGAAGAAGAUAGUUGGACCAGUUAAACUCAGGUGAGUUGCUGUGGGUCUGAUGGUUCUCAUUCAUAUUCUCCAGCAGUGGCCCUGUGUAAUCUGUGUACUUGACGCGUGAUCUGUCAAUCACCCAAGCGUCACUGCAUUUCCAGGAGCCGAUGGUUCAACAACUCCUGCCUCCAAGGGCUGUGAUAAAAGGGAUCGCUGCCCCCAAACUAAAGAACAGUUCAUCGAAGGCCAAAAAUAGUGGAUCGGCUGUAUGCCGUCUGUCAGUCGGAACAGAGGGUGGGAGAAAACGAGCGAACAAUACCUUUUGCAUUGCAAUUCCACCGCACAUGAAGUAGAAUCAGGGUUUGCGUGGAGCUUUUUUUUUCCAGAUGUGUUGGCUUCCAAGCUAGAAAGACGCUAUGGGAUAUAUUUAUUUAUUGAUUUCUUUCAUUCCGAUCAUAUUAAAAAGCAAACUUCAUGCAUCCCGAACCGAAGAUGUGCUUUUCGAGAGGUUUACGGAUUAUGGGCUGAUAGUACCGUUUAGUACCGAUGACCGGGGUCAGUACAUUUCGCACAUUGUAUCGACGGUGUACGGCCAGCUUCGGUCUGGGCGGCGCGUUGCACGGAGCAGCCCACAACAGAGCGGAGACCGGGAACUGUACUUUAACGUCACCAUUUUCGGGAAAGAAUUGCAUUUACGCUUGAAACACAACAGCAAGCUGGUUGCUCCCGGUGCAACGGUGGAAUGGCAGGAGGAUUUUGGGACCGUAGCUACCGAACCAAUCCAUGGAGACUGCGUGUUUUCCGGGGAUAUUACUGAUAUGCCAGGAGCAACCGUGGCUCUAAGCAAUUGCGAUGGAUUGGCUGGAUUGAUUCAUGCAGAUAUUGGCGAGAUUUUCAUUGAGCCAUUGGAGAAAGGCCAGAGGGCGCAGGAGGAGAAGGGUCGUGUUCAUGUUGUGUAUCGUAGAUCAUCUAUCAAACAAACGGUAUCAAAGGACCCCGAUACUGAAGCCUUGAAAUUUGGUAUUGGUGAUCUUGCAAACUCUUUAGACAUCAUUGAGGAAAAACUAAAUCAUCCAGCACGAAAAAGAAGGCAUGCAAAGAAAGAUGACUACAACAUUGAAGCUCUAUUGGCAGUAGAUGAUUCAGUUGUUCGCUUCCAUGGAAAACAGCAUGUUCAGAACUAUGUUCUGACCCUAAUGAAUAUUGUUGAUGAAAUCUACCAUGAUGAGUCGUUAGGUACGCACAUCAACAUAGUUUUGGUCAGGGUGAUUAUGGUAGGCUACAGACAGUCGAUCAGUUUAAUAGAGCGUGGGAAUCCAUCUCGGAGUUUAGAACAAGUCUGCCGGUGGGCCCAUACUCAACAGCGCUCUGACCCAGAUCACACAGAGCAUCACGAUCAUGCUAUAUUCCUUACCAGGCAAGAUUUUGGUCCCGCAGGUAUGCAAGGUUAUGCUCCAGUGACAGGCAUGUGCCAUUCACUCCGAAGCUGUACCCUCAACCAUGAAGAUGGAUUCUCUUCUGCAUUUGUUGUCGCCCAUGAAACUGGUCACGUUUUAGGAAUGGAACAUGACGGGCAAGGUAAUCGCUGUGCUGAUGAGACAAGUAUGGGCAGCAUCAUGGCACCUCUGGUACAGGCUGCGUUCCAUCGCUAUCACUGGUCUCGCUGCAGCAAACAAGAGCUCAGCCGCUAUAUAACUUCCUAUGAUUGUCUACUGGAUGAUCCAUUUGAACACAAGUGGCCAGUAUUGCCAGAACUUCCAGGAAUCAGUUACUCAAUGGAUGAGCAGUGCCGCUUUGAUUUUGGAGUGGGCUACCAAAUGUGUACAGCAUUUCGAAGCUUUGAUCCCUGCAAGCAGUUAUGGUGCAGCCAUCCUGAUAAUCCUUACUUCUGUAAAACUAAAAAAGGCCCUCCACUAGAUGGGACAGAAUGUGGACCAGGAAAGUGGUGUUUCAAAGGUCACUGUAUUUGGAAGAGUUCAGAUCAGUUGUACAGUCAGGAUGGAAACUGGAGUCCCUGGACAAAGUUUGGAACAUGCUCAAGAACUUGUGGUGGUGGAGUGCGCUUCCAUAGUCGACAGUGCAGCAACCCUUUCCCUGCCUAUGGUGGCCGAGACUGCUUUGGCCCUGCUUAUGAGUAUAAGAUCUGCAAUUCUGAAGAUUGCCCCGGGCAGUUUGAAGAUUUUCGGGCUCAGCAGUGUCAACAAAGAAACUCGUAUUAUCUUCACCAAAACGUUAAACACACCUGGCUCCCUUAUGAGCAUCAAAAUGAGGCUCAUAAAUGUGAACUGAUUUGCCAGUCCAAGGAAACAGGAGAGGUGGUGUUCAUGAAUCAGGUUGUGCACGACGGUACACGCUGCAGUUACACGGAUCCCUUCAGUCUGUGUGCUCGAGGAGAAUGUGUGCUUGUAGGCUGUGACAAAGAAGUAGCUUCUUUUAAGCAAGAAGAUAAAUGUGGUGUCUGUGCUGGUGAUAAUGCACAUUGCCGAACUGUUAAAGGGACCAUUGUCAAGACAACCAAACUAAUCGGGAUGUUCAAAAUGUUUGAAAUACCAACUGGCGCGAGACAAAUUCAAAUAGAAGAAACAGAACCAUCCACAAAUCUAAUUUCUGUGAAGAUUCAAGGAACCGAUAAUUUCAUCCUCAAUGCCAAAGGUGAAAAUUCAAAACCAAAGAUAUUUAUCGAAAUGGGUCUGGAAUGGGAGUACUCGAUAGAAAGUGACAAGGAAAUACUUAAAUCCAGUGGUCCACUGCAUGCCAGCAUAAUUAUUUAUAUUAGCCCACAAGGUGAAGAUGCUAAAUCCAAUUUGAUGUACAAGUAUGUUAUUCACGAAGAUCUACUUCCUGUGAUUGGCAACAACAAUGUACUCCUGGAAGAGACUGAGAGUUACGAGUGGGCUUUGAAGAGUUGGUCCCAAUGUUCGAAAGCCUGUGGAGGAGGUAUUCAAUAUACAAAAUAUGGAUGUAGACGAAAAAGUGACAGUAAAAUGAUGCAAAAGAAUUUCUGUGAUAACAAUAAAAAACCAAAGCCUAUAAGAAGACGUUGCAACGUUCAUGAAUGCACACAGCCAUCAUGGUUAACAGAGGAAUGGGGAUUUUGUAGUAAAACUUGUGGGAAAUUAGGAAUCCAAGUAAGAGUUGUACAAUGCACCCAAUACCUUAACGAGGGCGCCAAUAGAACAGUGCACACCAAGUACUGUGUCGGAGAUCGCCCUGGCAGUCGGAGAGCAUGUAAUCGCACACCAUGUCCAGCGCCGUGGCGGACAGGAGCUUGGUCUCAGUGCUCUGUGACUUGUGGCGAAGGUUUCAAGCAGCGGCAGGUGGUGUGCCGAGGCAGUGGUGUGCCGAGCAUCAGCCAUUGUGUGGGUGAAAAGCCAGAGAGUGUACAAGCCUGCAAACUGGCACAGUGCAAUGGAAAACCUUCUGUUUUCUCUCCAAGCUUGGAAACCACUGAGCAAGUUACUCCACAGGACCAGUGGGUGUCACAGCUCGUACCUGAGAAGCUUCUUCUUAAAACAGCAGCAAAGGAGCCAUGUCUCGGUGAUAAAUCAGUUUUCUGUCAGUUGGAGAUUUUGGCUCGAUACUGUUCUAUUCCUGCAUAUCAUAAGUUGUGCUGCGAUUCCUGCAAAAAGAGGAGCCCAACUUCAGCACCUCCUUUUUCUCAGGCAACCUCAGAAACUGAAGAUUCUAAGGGCACCAUCCAUUCCAGUCUCAGUCCACAAAUAAUGGCAACGCCGACCCCUCCCAACCAAUAUGCGACAUUCAGAGGGAUCACUGUGAAGGAUGAGAUUUUGCCAACAACUCCCACCUUGGGUGCCAGUACUGGCAGCAGUGAUGGAUUUUCAACCAAGGUUCUCGCUGCAGAGUCUCAAGGAACUACCAAAAGUUCUGGUAGGCUAAAUACUCUCACUUUUGCGAGUACAUUCAGGUUGCCUCCUGCUCAACAGGUAAAACUACAUACAGAGGUGGGCAGCUUUGACUCCACAACUCCUCGUCAGUUGUUUAUAAAUAGUGACAAGACUUUGCCUCGUACAACUACCUGGAGUGAUAGUUGGAGUUCAACAGAUGUAAAAAAACAGAGAAGGGAUGAUGGUGAAUCAGAGGAAGACAUGGCCAACAGAAUCUCGUCCAUCUCAACAUAAAAUUCCAAUUCAACCCACAGCUUUGCAUCGAAAUGGUUUGCAUUAUUCUCUCAGUGUAACCAAGUGGUUCCAAUACAUUGCUUGACUCUCAUGCACACUUGAAGGUGCAGCCAGCUUCAGUUUAAGCUGAAAGUACAGGUGUCCUGGGAUCUUUAAGAGUUUCAUUCUGCACAUAUUCAAGUUGGCAACUAUUCUCCAGAUAUUGUAAAAGGUAACAACCCAGUUCAACGUCUGCAGAUACAAAGGUACAACAUUGACAUGCAUUUAAAACAUGCAAUGAACAUUUUCAUCAACAGAUUAGUUCUUCUGGAAAUAUCUUGCCUGUAAGGAAUAAUUCUCAUAAUGCCAGACGCAAUUUAAAAAUGAUUGCAGACAUUUUCACUACUGUUGUGAUAAUGAAAUGAUAUAUUUACAUCCAUAUUGUAUAUAAUGUAAAUGUCCGCAUCCUCACAGUUAAUGGGUUUAUACUAUGCAAGUAAAUAAUCGCUGUUAGAUUUAGCUGUUGCUUGUACAAAUCUUGUACAAAUUGGCACAUCAUUCAUUACAGAGUACAUGUAUUAACAUGACUGUUGCUUGUGUAUAGUUCCUGUACAUAAAUGAAUUAAGAGCUUUUAAUUUUAAUAUUUAUUGAAUUGAAAAGAAAUUUCAGUUUUGCAUUAUUGAAAGAAUUUAUUAGUGCUGGCCUCCCUGUCUGCUGCUUUGUGUCAUCAUGUUUGUAUUGAAGGAGGAGGCUAUAGCAGUGUAAUAUAAUUUAUGGAGCAACUGGAUAUUCCCAAUACCAAAUGUUUUCCCAUAUUACAGUCAAUGCAUUCUCAGUCGAAGAAGUAGAAGUGAUUUUUUUUUUUAAGUCUCCACUCAAAGUUUUAGAGAUUUUAAAGUUGCUGUAUGUAAAAUCUUAUACAUUCUUGUAUAUGAUCUACACAUUUAACCAAUUAUUGUGCAAUGGCUGAACAAAACUGUGAAAGCAUUAGUCUAUCAUGAGCUUUUGAACAGUGUUUAAACUUCACAAAUAUUUUGUGACCUCAAGGAAACAAUUUUUUGGAACUGCUUUGAUGAAAACUAAACAAACUGAAUGUAUGUAAACCCCAUAGAUGUGGUGCUGUGCAUGACUGACAACCUACCCGUAAUUGUUUCAGUAUAAAUGCAAUUCAUUGGGUUAGAAAUACCUUUUUGCAACAGUGUUUUCUUCAGAAAGCAGUUGAGAACCGUUAAAAGAAACUCGGCACUUUGUGUAAUGAUUAAAUCACAAUUAUAUUGUUCAACAUUGUAUUGGCUAGCAACUAACACAAAAUAUACAUACACGUUAGGUUCUUUGCGUGCUCAAAUCACUGUUUAGUUGACUGAUAGAUUGUGCUAAAAUUGGUAAUAAAUGCUAUUUCAAUAUC